AUGGACCCCUCGCUCAUCCUCUCCGCUUCCAUCGGUUCGACAGCCGGCGCUUCUUCGUCCUCGUCUGCUGCGUACCCGCCCGCGCGUCUGCCACCACCACCUCCGCCUCCUCUCCCUCCCGCUAUCGACCCCGCCCUCGUCGCAGUCAAGGCCGAGACGCCCCAGGCGCUCGAGGAUGUGCCCAUGUCCGAGAGCGAGGGGUCCGACUACGACGUUGCUCCUUCGUCCCGCGCGAACGGUGCGAUCAAGGUCGACUCGACCGCGACGAGCGUCAAGGAUGAGCCGAUGGACGAAGACGGGGACGACGCGGAGGGAGACGACGGAGAGUACAAGGAGGAUGUCAAGGACGAGGAGAGCGUCGAGGACGACAGUGACGGCGUUGUCGCGCCUGGACACGCCCGGAGGUCGGCCGCGUCGACUUCGAGGAGCUCGAAGAAGCCCCGAGGGAAGGCGUUGCCGGAGGAUUUCGACCCCGAGUUGUUCCUCCUGAGGCGUUCGGGUCGCGCUUCGACCGCUCGCACUCAGAUGAGUCCCCCGGCGGCUCUCCGUGUCGACGACUUGCUCACCGGCUCUCGACGCCCGCAGAAAACCUACGACGAGGACGACUCGGACACGUCGUCUUCCGCGAUGCCGAACCGCAGCCGCAACAAAGGCAAGAGUCGUGCCAGUUCCACCAUGAGCCGCACCGUCCGCGAUUCGUCCGAGGACGGUUCCUCGGAAGACGAUGACGGCGACUACAUCCAGAACAAGAAGAAGCACGUCAAGAACCGGCGAGGCGGCAAGAAGCGCACCGCGAGGGACUUUGAGCUCCCGAGGGUGUCGUCCAGGAAUGGAAAGGCCUUGCCGAACUACAACGAGGCUGAGAUGUUCUCUGACUUGAGCGACUCGGAUGACGGGUACGAGUACGAGUACACCGAGGAGCAAGCAGAGCCGGAUGACGACGGUAUCGACGGCGUCUUCGCUCACAAGCGCGCGCGAGAUCAUGUGGACGACAAGGACGACAACCCGCACCGCAACAUGCUCUUCCUCGUCAAGUGGCAGAACUACAGCCACAUCCACGACACCUGGGAGACGUACGAGCACCUCAAGCGCUUCCGCGGCUUCAAGCGCCUCGAGAACUACAUCAAGCAGAUCUUCUGGCCGCAGCACAACCUGCUCAAGGACUCUAACCUCAGCCGCGAGGACCUCGAAGCCGUCCACCUCGAGCGCGAGCGACAGGCCGAGCAGCUCGAGAACUACAAGCAGGUCGAGCGGAUUAUCGCCGAGCGCAAUGCCCCUGCCAACGACGAGAUCGACCACGACCAUGUCGAGUACCUGUGCAAGUGGAAGGGCCUCCAGUACUCGGAUGCGACGUGGGAGGCGCACGACACGAUCAAGGACAUCGCCGCCGACCAGGUCGCCGACUUCCUCGAGCGCAUGUCGAGCUCGUGCUUGCCGCACAAGAGCGCCAACUACUCGAAGAGCCGGCCGACGUUCAAGAAGCUCACGGCCGAGCCCGAGUACAUCUCCAAGUGCGGCACGCUCAAGGACUUCCAGAUGACGGGCCUCAACUGGCUCGCCUACCUGUGGUCUCGCGGCGACAACGGCAUCCUCGCCGACGAGAUGGGUCUCGGCAAGACUGUCCAGUCGUGCUCGUUCCUCUCGUACCUGUUCCACGAGCAGCAGCAGUACGGUCCCUUCCUCGUCGUCGUCCCCCUCUCGACGCUCCCCGCCUGGCAGGCUCAGCUCGCGCACUGGGCGCCCGACUUGAACACGGUCGCCUACAUCGGCAACGCCGCGAGUCGCGAGAUGAUCCGCGAGCAUGAGUUUGGCUCGCGCACGAAGCCACAAUUCAACGUCUUGCUCACGACGUACGAGUUUGCACUCAAGGACGAGCACGAGCUCGGUGUUUUGAAGUGGCAGUACCUGAUGGUCGACGAGGCGCACCGGCUCAAGAACUCAGAGUCGGCGCUCUACAUGGCGCUCAAGCACUUCGACGCCAAGGCCAAGCUCCUCAUCACCGGCACGCCCUUGCAAAAUAACGUCAAGGAGCUGCUCGCGCUUAUGCACUUCCUGCAUUCCGAUCGCUUCGAGCUCGCCGGCGAGUUUGAUCUGAAUGACGAGGAGAACGAGGCCAAGAUCCGCGACCUUCACGGCAAGCUCGAGUCGAUCAUGCUCCGCCGCCUCAAGCGCGAUGUCAUCAAGGAGCUCCCGACCAAGAGCGAGCGCAUCCUCCGCGUCGAGAUGUCCAACAUGCAGACGUGGUGGUACAAGAACAUCUUGACGAGGAACUACGCCGCUCUCAGCGGGACCGAGAACAGCGUCUCGCUGCUCAACAUCGCGAUGGAGCUCAAGAAGGCGUCGAACCACCCUUACCUUUUCGAAGGCGCCGAGACGCGAACUGACUCGCGUGAGGAGACGCUCAAGGGAUUGGUCAUGAACUCGGGCAAGAUGGUCCUCCUCGACAAGCUUCUUCAGCGUCUCAAGCAGGAUGGCCACCGCGUCCUCGUCUUCAGUCAGAUGGUCCGCAUGCUGGACAUCCUCUCCGACUUCUGCGCUCUUCGCGGCUACCUCUACCAGCGCCUCGACGGCACCGUCCCCUCCGAGACCCGUCGCAAGGCGAUCGAGCACUACAACGCGCCCGACUCGCCCGACUUUGUUUUCCUCCUCUCGACCCGCGCCGGAGGUCUCGGCAUCAACCUCGAGACCGCCGACACGGUCAUCAUCUUCGACUCGGACUGGAACCCGCAAAACGACCUGCAGGCGAUGGCUCGCGCCCACCGCAUCGGCCAGAAGUCGCACGUAAACGUGUACCGGUUCGUCACGAAGGACACGGUCGAGGAGGACGUACUCGAGCGCGCGCGCAAGAAGAUGAUUCUCGAGUACGCCAUCGUCAACCAGAUGGACACGUCGGGCAAGAACAUCGGGCAGGUCCAGCCGACCAAGCCCGAGAACUACACCCGCGAGGAGCUCGCGUCGAUCCUCAAGUUCGGCGCGGCCAACAUCUUCAAGUCGGACGGCGCGCAGUCGAAGCUCGAGGAGAUGGAUCUCGACGACGUCAUCAACAACGCCGAGUCGUACGAGACGGCGACCGCUCCGACGGGCACCUCGCUCGGAGGCGAAGAGUUCCUCAAUCAGUUUGCCGUCCAGGACGUCAAGGCUGACAUGACCUCCUGGGAGGACAUCAUCCCUGCCGAGGACCGCGAGCGCGUCAAGGCCGAGAUGGCCGAGGAGGAGAAGAAGGCUGCCGCCGAGGCGGAGAGCACCCGCCGCGCUGCCGCCCAGGUCGCGCCCGGCGCCUACAAGGGCAAGGACGGGACACCUGCCUCGCGCGAGUCGUCACCCGGGUCGCCGAGGGGCAGCAAGAAGGAUAAGAAGCCGGCCGCGCCUCGCAAGACGGACGCCCAGCGUGCGCAGGAGCUCAAGGACCGCGACAUCCGCACCCUCAUCCGCGGCUUCAACCGCUUCGGCGACAUCCGACACCGCUACGACGCCAUCGUCAAGGACGCCCGCCUCGAGAGCAAGAACCGCACCGUCAUCACGCAGACGAUCGACGAGCUGCUCAAGCUCUGCCGCGACGAGAUUCAGAAGAAGAAGGAUAUGCUCGAGGAGAUGAAGGAGAAGGGGGAGGACAUCCCGAACAAGCUCAAGAACCAGGCCGUCCUCGUCUCCUUCCGCGGCGUCGACAAGAUCAACGCCGAGACCGUCGUCCAGCGCGCCGAGGAGCUCGAGAUUCUGCACUCCUACCUGAAGAAGGCGUCCGACCCGCUCAAGUGGAAGUUCCCGGUCGAGAACGUCAAGUCCAACUCGGGAUGGAAUUGCGAGUGGACGGCCGAAGACGACGCACACCUCAUGGUCGGCGUCUGGAAGUACGGUCACGGGUGCUGGGAGGCGAUGCGGGACGACGAGUCGCUCGGGUUCAAGGACAAGUUCUUCCUCGAGGACGCCAAGAACAAGAGCAAGGACGAGAAGGCCCGCAUUCCGAACGCCAUCCACCUCGUCCGUCGCGCCGACUACCUCUGCCACCUCCUGCACGACCUCGACGGCUCGGGCCGCAGCGACAGCAAGCCGAGCGGCAGCAAGACGCACCAGCCUCGCGCCGGCAGCUCGGCUCCUCGCCCGAAGAGCUCGAAGUCGAAGGACGACACGGCCUCGGUAGCCGGCUCGACGUCGUCCAAGACGCACAAGUCGUCGUCAAAGCCAGCCAAGUCGGUCAAGCGCAAGGCGACGCCCGAGUACUCGGACUCGGAGGAGGAUGCCGAGAGCUCGUACGACAGCAUGGACGAGGAGUCAUGCAAGGAGGCGCUCCGCCCGGUCAAGCGCGAGCUCAAGCGUCUCAAGCAGCCGACAACCGACAUGAGCCGCGAGGAGAAGCUCGCGCACCUCAAGGACACGCUCACGGCGAUCGGUGCCCGCAUUGAGGUCGUCGCCGACUUUGAGAAGUCGUCCUCCGCCAAGGAGAAGAAGCGCAAGCACCUCUGGAAAUGGACGAGCUUCUUCUGGCCGAACCAGGCGAUCAAGUCGCAACAGUUGCGCCAGAUGUACGACCACCUCGCCGGCGCCAAGGACUCUCCCGCGCCAUCUCCCGCUCUCCCGCCCGCUCAACCUGCGCCGCCCAAGCCCCCUCGCCCUGCCGACGAGCAGCCUCCUCCCGCCAAAAAGCCGCGCACGACCAGCGGCACCGAUCUCCCUUCCUUCAGCCGCCUCCCUUCCGCCCGCCCAAGCGCUUCGUCGGCCUCGCCUCUCCCGCCUCCUCCGCCCCCGCCUCCUGCGCCGCUGGCUUCGUCGUCGUACGCCCGCUCGCCGCAAUCUUACAGCAACGGCACGCCCUCGCACGGAUACCAGCCGUCGCCGCAGUACCGCCAGUCCUCUUACGGCUCGUCGUCGUCGUACCCGUCUCACCAGCAGUACCCUCAUGGACAGCGGUAG